UCGUUUUUAAUUGUUAAUUUAUAUAUUGUGUUUGAGUUACAAUGUCAACUUUAAAAAGUAUGGAGUCGUUGCGUUUUUUAGUGACUAUCAUAACAUUCAGUUUAUUAAGUCAAUGCUUAGCCAAACCAGUUUCAUUAGAAGAUGGUGUUUUACUUCGACAAAUUGCUGAUAGUUACAGUGCUCCAUUGGUUGUGCCUUUUUUACAUUCAAGAAUACAAAAUAAUGCUCAAAUGAUUAGAGAAAUCAAGAAUUCGUUGGAAAAUUUGAGUGAAAAUCAACGAAAUUUGUUUACUUUGAAAGUAAAAAGUCUUGAAGCGUUGGACAAACAACUAACUUCAUUACAAAAAACAGAUUAUUUUAACUUCGAUGGAACCGCACGAGUUAAGAAUUUGAUUGAACAAUACAUUUUGAACAAUGAAAUGUUUCCAAUCGAGUUGGGAUUCGAAGAGGCAAAAGGCAACUCAACUCCAGACGAUUUGCUGAAACAGGUCAAUGUCAUGUCCAAUGAUAAUCUUAUUAAGGAUACAAAUGUUCUUAUAAACGUUUAUCUUGAAGAUAUUGAAGAGAAGGAAUCGAAUGAAAAAUAUAAUGAACUUCAAAGAUUGGCUGCUUCGCUAGCCAAACACAAGCUAAAGACCUUAGUUAACUUUAAAUAUACUGAGCCAACGGAGCAACGUGAUCAUUAUGGAAAUUAUCUUGGCAUGACUGAUAACCGUGCACCUCAAAUAGAAUCUGUUUUGCGACAGUUAAAAAACAUUUUGGAUAUUUUUUAUCCGCAAUUUGAGAAUCUCGCAACGCGAAGCGCACCACUGAAACCAUCUUCAUUGAAACCUGUUGUUGUAUAUCCAGCUAAAGUCAUAGAAGCGCCUAUGCCUGACCAACCCGAUUUCGCUCUACCAGAAGAUUGAUUUAGUUGUCAAACUUGUUUUUAUUUCAUUUUAGUUGAUUUGUGUUUCGUAAAAAUGCUAAUCUACUGAGACUUACGUGAUCUUAUUCCGUUUGAUUAGCAAAGCAAACUGAAGGUUGGAAAAAUAAAAACUUACAAGGGAUGCAUGGUAGGUGAUACGAAGAUUUUGAACUUUUUUUGGGCUUAAAAUAUUCUAAUGGGUCAGAUAUGACCCUUUGUCAAGCCUUUCGUUUCGGAAAUUCUCCGUUUCAAAGUUACAGGGUGUCAAAGUUUCAACUUUUGCAUAGUUUAACACUAUUGAAAGCAAUAUGGAUUUGUUAAAAAACAUAUUUUACCAUUUUAUCAUAGAUCGACAUUACUGGCAUUAAGCAUAUUAAGCAUAUUAACCUACGUAAAAUCAACUUUGACACCCUGUAACUUCGAAACGGAGAA